AUGGAUCGUCGUGAAAUUCAAGAAAAAAACUUCAAGCAGAGUGAUUCCGAAGAUGACAAUCAUGCCGAUGAUAAGUCAUUACUGUUACAGGAAGGCAAUAGCUUCUCAGAUUUAAAACAAGCAUUAAAAUCGGAUCAAAAGUCGUUAACAUUAACUAUUGAUCAAAUGGUCGAUAAGCUAGAUGUUGGUUUAUUCCAUUUUCUAAUAGUUCUUUUCUGCGGCCUAGCUUGCUCUGGUUACACUAUAGUUACGGUAGCUUACAAUUAUAUUAUCGUUGUUGCUUGCGAUCUGGAUAUUGAAACCUACAAUAAAGGUCUACUAAAUAUUCUUUUAAUGAUCGGCGUCUUAGUCGGUAGCGGAAUAAUAGGGCGAUUAGGCGACGCUGUAGGCAGACGAACAUGUAUUUUGAUAUCAGUAUCGCUCAGUAUUAUUACUCUGAUAGCUUCUGCUUUUACUUAUAACUAUACUAUGUUGGUUGUACUGGGUUUCUUCAAUGGAUUUGGUUGUGGUGGUACUUUUACAAUUGCACACGCUUAUUGUAUCGAAUUUUUCCCUCAACGUUAUCGUGGUAAUGGACUAGCAUGUAUGACUACAUUUUCAUGUCUAGGUGGCUUAUAUACUAGUGCAAUUGCAUUAGUCGUACUUCCUUAUCCGUUAUCUAUUCCAAUAGGUGUUAUACAUUUUAACAGCUGGCGUUUGUACUUAAUUCUAUCCUCGAUUCCCUUAAUAUUAUCUUUCUGUUUCUUAUUAUUUAUGCCUAACAGUCUACGUUUUAUGGUAAUAAAAGGAGAUCAAAAUCGUAUAAGUCAAGUCUUGAAUACAAUAAACCGUGUUAAUUCGUGGUGUUGCAAACGUAACGAUUCUAGUCUUACAACUACAGACUUAACUAAAUACACUAUCAUCGUAUCGAGCGAUCAAGGCGAGUUAAAGACUAAUAAGAACGAAAAUCGAGAUUUUUUUUCUCAUUAUAAGAAAUUUAAUAAGUCACCAUGGCGUCGUAGACUAAUUUUUCUCCUCAUUCUAUGGUUUGGAAGUUGUUUUAGCACGGAAGGCCUAUGGGUAUGGAUGCCAACAGUGAUAACUUAUUAUACUACUGGAAAGACUUGUAAAAUGGUGCAUAAUUCUUCAUUGAAUAAUAGCUAUCAAUAUUAUCCUAAUAGUAGCAUUUCUAAUUGUAUUUCUGGUCCGAAGCUAACAUCUAUAGUUCUUGAUGUUUUCUACGGUAAUCUUGUAGCUCUUCCUAUUGGUAUAGCUUUUACUAUUUUGAUUAAUCGAAUUGGACGAAAAUGGUGCUGCUGUUUUGUUAUUACCAUGUCUGGUCUGAUUGCUCUAUUGAUUAUGUGGAUCGAUACUGUACUAAGUACCUUUAUUUUAGCUGGAUUAUAUUACGCUAUAGCCAAUAACUUAUGGCUAGGUAUUAAAAUUUGGACAGCAGAGCUAUUUCCAACUGACUUACGAGCGACUACUCUUGGUCUUACAGCUCUCCUGGGCUGUUUAGGGACAGUUUGUUCUCUCGCAAUCUUUACGGUCCUUUUUCAUGUCAAUUGCAUAGCUAAUCUAUUACUAGUAGCAGCAGUUGUUCAAAAAAUAAAUAAAAUGAGCCAAUUUGAGGAUUUGACUUGA